AAGAGCCGUUUCCACACCGCCGUCCGGCCCCGGGGGUCUGGAGCGCCGAGCCUGCCGGCGGCGCUGUCCGCACUCUGAGCGCCCGCCGGGCUUCCCGGCCUCGGAGUUCCAAAGCGCGGACAGGUGCCGGGCCGACGGUCUGAGGUUUGCGCGUUCUCACGCGGUGAAAAUCGCGUUCACACCAGGGCAGGGUCCCUUCACACCCUUCCUGUGUCACCACAGGGAAGACGUUUGUUCUCUUUGCUUCUGCAUCUAACUUCUGACACACUAGUGGCUCAGACUGUAAAGACUCCGCCUGCACUCGCCGCGGGUUCGAUCCCUGGGUCGGGAAGAUACCCUGAAGAAGGGAAUAACAACCCACUCCACUACUCUUGUCUGGAGAGGCCUGUGGACAGAGGAGCCUGGCGGGCUACAGUCCAUGGGGUCACAAAGAGUCGGACACGACUGAGUGACUAACAUGGACACCUGUUCACAGCCGCAUUGUUAUUGCAGUAGAUCAUUGACAAAAAUGCUAAGUCCUAAAAGCCCCGGCUCUCUUUGGUAAGAAUGAGCCUUUUUCUGUAGGCCCGAAAUCUUUGGAACACCGUAUUUGAUUGUAGCUACCCUUGACGUUAACUGUUUAAAUCCUAUAUCGCUGACGUUUUUUUCUACAGCAUAUUUUCCCUGAGGCCCACCAUCUCAGUCUGUAACAAUGGGCAGCCGGCAGAUCUGAAGUUCUGCAGCACACUGUCAAGAGAAGGGUCAGAAGAGAGGAAACUCCUGAUUAGCGGGAAGUCCACCCAAAUGGCCACAGGUAGUGAGGCAGCGUAGCUUACCCCCACUUGGAAAAGAACUCAUCUGGCAUAGAGCCAGCUCUUUCCAUAUGGCCAUGUGGGUUUUAUUAAUGAUGGUGCUGGCACCCACCUUCGCUCCCUGCACUCAGCACCUGCUGCCUCUCCGUCACUCAUGUCCUGUUCCGACCACUUAAGACCUCUUCCCCAAGUGAGACUCCCUGGAGGACCUUGGAUCUGCCCGGGAAGCAGGGUCUAACCCUUUGACAUUCCCCCCAGAGCUCACUCAGACCAAAGGUUUCUCUCUUGCCUGCUUGGGACUAAGGAGGAUGUGGCGUGGGAGAAAGCACCAUCCCACCUGCUGCUGGCAAAUUCUGAGUUCCACUGUCGUCUCACGAUGCAGGAAGAAUGCAUAACUGCUGUGUAGUGGGAGAGGGUGGAAAGAUCCUGGAUUGCUGGCUUAGGAAAUUCUUAUUUAGGAAGAGAUUUAAUUUUAUGAAUAAAAUUCUAGAGGAAAGCAAAUGUUUCUUAUCAACGACAAAGACUGUAACCUGAAUCAGAAAAGGUCUUCAUGUGCACUCGCGUGGCCAGUGUGCAGAAGCCACAGGAGACAAGAAAGCGGCACGUCUGGCUCUUCCCCUGGCGAUGGAGCAGAUCCCACCGUCCUGGCCUUUAGCCUCGGGCGUGGGUCCGGGCUUCACCUCGUCAGGACGCCCUGUCUCCCAGCCUCAGGUUCAGCACAGCAGGUGGUCAGAUCCUCCUUGGAGGGAUGACAGGGAGAGCUUCCAACAUGGUGGUAUCCUGCUGCUCGGUCCUCUGGCCCUCUGUCAGCCCAGGACCCAGGCCUCCACCCACAGCACCUGCAGUUGGCUCCUGGCUCCUGCUUUUUGCUCCUUUAAGCCCCACCCCCACCUGUCCGGUCAGUUCUGAGUGGGAGGGGCGUCCCCUGCCAGGUGGAGAGAGUUGACAGACCUCCUCCACCGUGCCUCCUGCUCAGCCCUGCGCUGGGGGGCAGCUGCCUGACUCCCACCCAGGAGGCACAGGAAAAUGAAAACCCUCGCCUGGAACACUUAGAGAAAUGACAAGUGUUCAGAGCUGAGUAAAGCUCUGGGCAAAAAAUUUAACUGUUUCCCCCACCCCCACCCCCUUCCCCUAAAAGAAAGACAUUUUCUUUGAACAAAAUGAGGAAAAGUCACUUUCUGCUUUCAGUCUUGUAACUGGGACCCAGGUCAGGGUGAUGCACCUGGAAGCCGACCUACCGCUUCCAGCCUGCAGUCACCAGAGGUGUGCUGGGUCCUCAGGCGAGGAUGUCCUGGGAGGGAAGCCCAGCCCCGCCCCCGAUCCCCCAGGGGCCCUGCCAGGCGAGGUGACACAGGAGUCCUGGCACUGGAAGCCUGGAAGAGACGCUGGUCAGGUCUCCAUGGCCACCCGCAGGGGCCUGGGCUGGACCUGCCCGCCUCAGGGCCUCCUCUGUUGGCCUCCCUGGGGCGGGUGCCCCGCCAGGGCUGUCUGCCGGGCCUGAGAGUCCUUAACCUCUGGCCAGCUCUCGUCGCUCCCGCUGCAGAUGCUGCUCUGCCUGAGUGGAACGUACUAUGCCCUGUAUUUCCUAGCUACGCUCCUGCUUCUCGUGUAUAAAAGUCAGGUUUUCACUUAUCCUCACAGUUACCUGGUCCUCGACCUGACUCUGCUCUUUCUGAUGGGGAUUCUGGAAGCAAUUCGGUUAUACUUCGGUGCCACGGGCAACCUGAUGGAGGCUGAGGUGCCGCUGGCCGCCAGCCUGGUCCUCACCAUGGGUGGCGCCCUGCUGUCUGCCUACUUCCUGCUCUGGCAGACCCUGGUGCUGCGAGCAGACACAGCCCUCGGCGCUCCACUCCUGGUGCUCCACAGCCUGGAGGCCAUCCUGGAGGUGGUGGCCAUCGCUGCCUUCCUCAGCUAGGCGAGCAGUGCCAGGCCCUUGGGACAGCCCUGGACUCCUCAGGGCAGACGGUGCCCCGGCUCUCACCUUGAGCGGGAAGGGCAUCUUCGUGCUCACCAGCCACAGUGUUAGAGAGACUGUGUUUGCAGCAGGGUGUCUGCGAGGCAGAGGUGGGGCUGAGCACCAGGGCAGAACAGAGUGCUGCGGCAGGGCCGGGCGGCCCUGGGCAGGCUCGGGGGGCAGGGUGGGGGUGGAAACUGAGAGGGUUCCGGUUCUGGCUGGUGACCCCUGGGGUGCGGGGGGAUUGAGACCCUUCAGAAAGCAGGCAGCCAGGUCAGAGCCUCCUGGGGCCCAAGGCGCCUCACCCCAGGCAGGGGCUGGAGCUCUAUGCUCCCCCUGCAGCUUCAGGGCAGCUCGGGGGUCCUAGGCUCUGCCUCCCACAGGAGGUACUCGCUGGCUGCCUAAUUCCCCUUUGCCUGGGGCUUCUCAGGAAAGGUGAUCCGGAUGCCGAAGACCCGGGAGCUGGCAGCAGCAUUCUCUGGGGAUUUGUGUCAUUCACAGAUCCUCUGUGAGUGCUCCUAGGGAAACCUGAGCUGGUGUUUUCUAGUGACCUUCCUGCAUUUAUUUCAGUUGCACAUUUUCUCUGUUUAGAAUAACACUGUGCUUGAAUAUCUAGAUAUUUUCUCUGCAUUGUAUCUUUAAAAUAAAGGAACGUUUGUACCUCUC